CCAGACAGAACCAGAACUGGGGAUAGAAGAAGAUGGAGAGUUCCAUUUAAACCUUCCAAGAAAGAAAAAGGAAAGGCUCUCCUGAAAGGAGCUAAACUGCAUCAUCUGUGUGUGCUGUAUGUGUUAGUGUGUGACUGUGUGAGAGAGAAAUGAGUGCCCUUUGCGUGCAAUUGAACAUCAACAGCAGAGGUGGUUGUUUAGCAAUGGCAGUUGCCCAGCAGAACAGCAGCAGCAGCAGCAACAGUAGUACGACAGUUCAACUUCCAGAGGAAAAGGUUGAGAAGAAGAAGAAGAAUUCCAGAGUCUUGAUAUUGGGAGGCACCGGAAGAGUUGGUGGCUCCACCGCCAUUGCUCUCUCUAAACUCUCCCCUGACUUGCAGAUAAUCAUUGCUGGUAGAAAUAGGGAAAGAGGUGCAGCCAUGGUGGAUAAAUUAGGAGACGACUCAGAAUUCACUGCAGUCAAUAUUGAUGACUCUAAAUCAUUGGAAGCAGCUUUAGUUGAUGUGGACCUUGUUCUUCAUACUGCAGGCCCAUUUCAACAGGCUCAGAAGUGCACUGUCCUGGAAGCUGCCAUUCGGACCAAGACAGCAUAUAUUGAUGUAUGUGACGAUACAAGCUAUGCAUACCGUGCCAAAGCUUAUAUGGAUGAAGCUGUGACUGCAGGCAUUCCUGCCAUAACAACUGGUGGAAUCUAUCCAGGAGUUAGUAAUGUUAUGGCAGCAGAACUUGUUCGUGUGGCCAAAAGUGAAAGUGAAGUAAAACCAGAGAGGUUAAGAUUUUACUACUAUACAGCUGGUUCUGGUGGUGCUGGCCCAACAAUAUUGUCUACUAGCUUUUUACUUCUUGGAGAAGAGGUAGUUGCAUAUAACAAAGGGAAAAAAAUCAACUUAAAGCCCUACAGUGGAAUGCUCAACAUUGACUUUGGAAUGGGGAUCGGGAAGAGGGAUGUUUUUCUUUUAAAUUUGCCAGAGGUGUGUAGUGCUUAUGAGAUCCUUGGAGUACCAACUGUCAGUGCUCGGUUUGGAACUGCACCAUUCUUCUGGAACUGGGGAAUGUUGGCCAUGACAAAUCUGCUACCUGCUGAAUUCUUAAGAGACAGAAGCAAAGUUCAACAACUGGUGCAAGCGUUUGAUCCACUAGUACGAGCAGUAGAUAAAUUUGCUGGAGAGAGAGUUUCAAUGCGGGUUGAUCUGGAAGGUUCUGAUGGAUACAAUAGAAUAGCGAUAUUCAGUCAUAGACAGCUUUCUAAAUCAGUUGGAAAUGCAACAGCAGCAUUUGUACUUGCAGUUCUUGAAGGAAGCACACAGCCUGGUGUUUGGUUUCCAGAAGAGCCUCAGGGUAUUGCUGUUGAGGCUAGGGAAAUUCUUCUCAAGCGGGCUUCACAAGGAACAUUGAAUUUUAUAAUGAACAAGGCACCAUGGAUGAUAGAAACAGAUCCUAAGGAGAUUGGAUUGGGAAUAUAUGUAUGACAUUCUCAUCUAGGAAUGUGAUUCAAUGGCUCAAUUGUGUAGCUCAUAUCUAACUUCACAUUACAGGUUCUUAAAGCUGAAGCAAGCUCGUGUUAAUACGACUCGUAAUUCACAUGUAGUGCCAUAUCAGUGUCUUGAUUCAUGAGGUUUUACAUAAUCUCUUUUGUAUUGCUGCAUAUUAAAAUGUAAAAUGUUCGACGAUGGUUUCUCCCCGACAAAGGGUAGACAAAAUGACAUUUAGAAGAAUGAGAAUCAAGGGCAAAAUGUAGGAGAUACAUGAAAUACAUGGCAUAUGGAACAUUUUGAUGUACUCAAAUCAGGCUUUCAAGUUGAAAAUUGUUAAAUGUAUCUUCGAGCA